CUCUGACGUAGCGACCAGAAGGUUCCGGAGUAAGCUAUUGGAAGGUCAAUGAGACCUAUUUAACCGAGAGGCAGUUGUGUGUUACCUUACGUCGUUGCUGGUUUUCCGUUUUAAUUCAUUGUUAGCUGAUUCUGAGAAAAGAGACCAAAAUGCCAAGAGGCAGUCGCAGCCGAUCAUCAAGAAUGGCUCCACCGAGCUAUUCUGCAGCACCUCCUAGAAUGGCUUCUCCACCACCUAUGAGAUCUGCUCCUCCACCAUCCUACGCCCCGGCUCAUGCUCCUGCCCCUCCAUCAGCGAUGGCUGCUCCCGCUGCCGCUGCACCAAGGCAGCCCGGGAUGUUUGCCCAGAUGGCCACCAUGGCGGGUGGAGUGGCCGUGGGUUCAGCUGUGGGCCACACAUUAGGACAUGCUAUGACCGGAGCAUUCGGUGGAGGAGGACAAUCUGAGGCUCCUAAGCCUGAUGUUACCUAUCAGGAGCAAUCCCAGGGCCAGCCCAUGUACCAACAGCAGCCAAGUUACCAGCAGCAACCCAUGUACCCGCAGCAACCCAUGUACCCGCAGCAGCAGUCCAUGUUCCAGCAGGAAUCUCCCCAGCAGAGCCCUUGCGGAUAUGAACUGAAACAGUUUAUAGAAUGCGCACAGACCCAGAGCGACCUCAAGCUCUGUGAAGGAUUCAGCGAAGUGCUCAAGCAGUGCAAGUUCUCCAAUGGUGUGUCGUGACCACAUCAGGAUGCUGCUGUUGUAUGAACAGAAUCAGCACACACACAUUAACUCAAUAAAUGUAUAAUUGCUUUACCUGACAGACUGUGUGAUGACAACUCCAUACACUUUAAACAAUAAACACUUUAAACAAUAUUUCGGAGUUAGUACUCUGUUGUCUGUUAUCUGAUAGUCUUAUGACAUAGUUGAUUUAUAUAUAAUUAUAUUUUUUUUUUGCUGAAAUGUAUUAAUAGAUACAGAAUAAAACCCGGACAGUAUCAUGUGA